CUGUGAGAACGUAGCCAGCUCUCUGUCUGCUAGAGCUGGAAAGGACUGAAUGUCGAAGUGAACUGUCCAGCAAUAUCUGAUACAUUAAUGUUGGGUCAUUGAUAACGGAGGGUCAUCAGAUUUGCGCGGAUAUUCAUCAAAUAGACUGCAACAAUCGUGUGAACCAGGAGUGUCUGCUUACCCUGAAAAAUUGGAUUACACUGGAAAGGCAUUUUCCCUGAGAUCGUGCUAUUGCUUAAUUUGGAUGAAAACAGCACUUCGAGCACUCAUAUGAUGGAGCAGUCCAUCUUUCCAGCUAAGGUGAAAUAAUUUCGUUAGUUUGGAACAAGACUUCCCGGUGUGAACCAUCCUCAUCGAGUUUCCUCACUCGCUAGAACGCAAGAACGAAUUCAGCACUGUACUUCCAUCCUCCUCUAGAACGGCCGCCACGGGUAGCCUUGAAUUCGUUUUGUCAAGUGUCUGGAGUAUUUGCAGGGGGUAAUGUGUCCUCCAAACUGUAAAAGCAUCAUUGACUUACCAAGAAAUGGGAUUCCAAACUACUGGUGAGAACAAAUUGUUUCUACGCAGGGGUCGCAUCACUGCACAUUCUCCGCAAUAGGAUUUACCUUUUAACAAAAAAAAAAAAAAAAAAAAAGGAAAAACGUCACAACCAACGACGAUUAUCGGACAUCUCCAGAGCUGUACAAAAGGAAUCAACCAUGUCUAAAACACUGAAAAAGAAGAAACACUGGUCCGGUAAAGUCCAGGAGUGUGCUGUCUCUUGGGGUAACACCGGAGAACUGAGCUCCGUUUUGGAGAUAGGUGGUGGAGCAGAGCUCGGAGAGUUCCCGUACCUGGGACAGGUAUUAUCAGACGUGAUUGUAUGUCACGUCGGUAGGUUGCCGGGUCCUGGCGACGUGCUUCUGGAGGUGAACGGCACGCCUGUCAGCGGACUGACGAACCGAGACACCCUGGCUGUUAUUCGCCACUUUAGAGAACCAAUCCGUCUAAAGACCGUAAAACCAGGAAAAGUGUUGAACACAGAUCUGCGGCACUAUCUGAGCCUGCAGUUUCAGAAGGGCUCCCUGGACCACAAGCUCCAGCAAGUGAUCAGGGACAACCUGUAUCUCCGCACCAUUCCCUGUACCACAAGACAGCCGCGGGAGGGGGAGGUUCCCGGAGUGGACUAUAACUUUAUCAGUGUGGGGGAGUUUCGUGUCCUGGAGGAGAGUGGGCUGCUGCUGGAAAGCGGAACAUACGACGGUAAUUACUAUGGCACCCCAAAGCCACCUGCAGAGCCCAGUCCAGUGCAGCCUGACCUGGUGGACCAGGUGCUUUUUGACGAGGAGUUUGACACAGAGGUCCAGCGCAAGCGCACUACGUCCGUCAGCAAGAUGGACAGGAAGGACAGUGCCGCACCUGAGGAAGAGGAUGAUGAAGAACGGCCAGCCCUGGUUAACGGCCUCACAGAGCACAAGGAAGGGCUGGAGUGGAGGAAGGCCGUGCCCAGUUACACUCAGUCCAGCAGCGCUAUGGACUUUCGCAACUGGAACACACUACCGCGCGACGAGAGCCAGGAACCCCUGCCCAAAAACUGGGAGAUGGCCUACACUGACACAGGCAUGGUGUACUUCAUCGAUCACAACACCAAGACUACGACAUGGUUAGAUCCCCGCAUGGCUAAGAGGGCCAAGCCUCCAGAAAAGUGUGAGGAUGGGGAGCUACCGUACGGCUGGGAGAGGAUUGAGGAUCCCCAGUACGGCACCUACUACGUCGAUCACAUCAAUCAGAGGACUCAGUUUGAGAAUCCUGUGCUGGAGGCGAAGAAGAAACUCAGUCAAGAGAUCCCUACAGCCAGCCAGCCGACAACAGGAGCUACACCCGCAGGUGAGGUAGGCAUUAGGGGCUUCACGCGUGACCCUUCCCAGCUGCAGGGGACCAUACUGCGCACGGCUCUGAGGAAAAGCACGCAGGGCUUUGGUUUCACCAUCAUAGGUGGAGACAGACCAGAUGAGUUCCUGCAGGUGAAGAAUGUUCUCCGAGACGGUCCCGCUGCCCAGGAUAACAAGAUAGCCUCAGGUGACGUCAUUGUGGAGAUCAACAGGACUUGUGUGCUGGGGAAGACCCAUGCCGAUGUGGUGCAGAUGUUCCAGUCUAUCCCAGUUAACCAGUAUGUGGACAUGGUUCUGUGUCGUGGUUACCCGUUGCCUGAGGACACCAGCGCCAGCGACGACGGCAGCGGAGAUAUAGCCACAGCCAUACCGGUCUCCGACGGGCAGCCACUUCACCCCCAGCCCCUCCACCCUGACAGCACCGCCUCCCCCCAGGACCUGCAUUAUGUCACCACCGAUGGCAGGCAGGUGGCCGCGGUCAUGCCCAACGGACGUUACCCAGAAGCAGGCGACUCCACACUGCUCCAGCCAGAGCUGGUUAGUGUACCACUGGUGAAGGGGCCGGGCGGUUUCGGCUUUGCCAUUGCAGACUGCCCGCUGGGCCAGAAGGUGAAAAUGAUCCUGGACGCGCAGUGGUGCCGGGGCCUGCUGAAAGGUGACGUCAUUAAAGAGAUCAACCGCCAGAACGUUCAGACUCUGAGCCACGCCCAGGUGGUGGACAUCCUCAAAGACCUGCCCGUGGGCAGCGAAGUCAACGUGCUCGUCCUCCGAGGAGGUCAAACGUCUCCUGUGAAGUCCUUAAAACCUGCUCCAGUGCCUAUGGUCCAGAAGCAGGAGAUAACCAGCAGCAUAGAGUCGCCAAGUCCUGCAGAGCCUCCCCCCCAAACCCUUCCCUUCCCCCCCAGUGCCAUGCGAUCCAACUCCCCUAAACUGGACCCCACUGAGCUCUACCUCAAAUCCAAAGCCCUGCUUGACAGCAAACCCCCUAACACUAAGGAACUGGAUGUAUUUAUCAAACGGAACCAGGAGUCUGGGUUUGGCUUCCGUGUACUUGGUGGUGAAGGUCCGGAUCAGCCUGUGUAUAUAGGAGCCAUUGUGCCACUAGGCGCUGCUGAGAAAGACGGGCGUCUCCGGGCAGGCGAUGAGCUCAUUUGCAUUGAUGGUGUGCCAGUCAAAGGCAAAUCUCACAAGCAAGUGUUAGAGCUGAUGACCAAUGCUGCUCGCAAUGGACAGGUUAUGCUUACAGUCCGCAGGAAACUCACUUUCAUGGAUGAUGACGAGACGACUCAGCCGCAGGCCACGCCCACCCUGGUGAACGGCUCCCCCAAACUGCCCCGCCUCGAAGUGCCCGCCACUACCCAGCCCGAGUCCUACGACGUCACCCUGCAGCGAAAAGAGAACGAAGGCUUCGGCUUUGUCAUCCUCACCUCCAAAAACAAGCCCCCGCCUGGAGUCAUUCCUCAUAAAAUUGGACGCAUCAUUGAGGGCAGUCCCACUGAUCGAUGCGGUCGACUCAAAGUGGGCGACCGCAUCUCCGCAGUCAAUGGCCAGUCCAUUAUAGACCUGUCCCAUAACGACAUCGUGCAGCUGAUCAAAGAGGCCGGCAACACAGUGACUCUGACAGUGGUGCCAGAGGAGGAGCACAGUGGUCCUCCAUCUGGAAACAGUUCAGCCAAGCAGAGCCCAGCCGCACAGCACAAAGCCGUCGGCCAGCAGCCUGCCAACAGAGAUGACAGGAACACGACAGAAACAGAUGAAUGGAAGGAGGGUGUGGCCAGGGCGGAAUACACGUCUCUCCCACAAAGGGAGAUGGGAACUCUAAUCACCUCAGGCCCAAAACAGAGUUGUUUUCUGGUGGAACUGGAGCGCGGCCCGCGGGGUUUUGGUUUCAGUCUGCGGGGUGGGAAAGAGUAUAACAUGGGGCUGUUUAUUCUGAGACUGGCAGAAGAUGGCCCCGCCCUCAAAGACGGCAGAAUUCACGUGGGAGAUCAGAUAGUAGAGAUCAAUGGGGAACCCACACAGGGCAUCACACACACUCGAGCCAUAGAGCUGAUCCAAGCAGGAGGCACCAAGGUCCUGCUGCUCCUCCGGCCUGGACAAGGCCUGGUGCCCGACCACAACGUGAAGGACAAAGCAACAGUUUCAUCCUCAAGCUUUCCAAGAUCCGCUGCAUCCGAUGAGCCGUCAGCCCUGAACUCCUCAUCUCUGACCUCUCUCUCGACCGCCGAGCUUGCUCAAGCCACUGUCCCAGAGGAGCUCCAUGAUCCAGUUUCCCCUUCAGCUCGUGCCCAAGCUGCUGACUCAGAACCUACUCGCGAGCGGGAAAGGGCUCAUGGACAACAUCCCCUCCACUACCAGAAACAACCAACAAGCCCUGAUAUCCAAGACCCCAGAUCGCUGCCUAGAAAAAGUGAGUCCAGCGUGUCCCUGUCCAGCCACCCUUCCAGCCCCCACAGGGCAGAUCGUGAACGCUCUGAGAAGAAAGAGCGUUCACGCAGUCCCAGAAAAACAGAUAGAAACCCCUCCGUGACUGUGGAGGACAAAAAUGGUCAUUUUGGUAUCCAGAGUGGCGAGAUGAACAAAGAGAGAAAGUACAGAGAGAGGGAGGGCCGAUCUACAAGCCCAAUGAAGACCUCCAAGAGGGAGCAAGAGCCUGGAACAAGACGUCCAGUGAGGACCCAGGAUGAACCACAGAAGCAUUCUGAUGGGCAAAGACCCAACCAUGCCUCUGGAGCAGGGAAAGAGAGAAGACGCAAGGAGGAAGACCCCAGACAGGACAGGGAGAGUGGAGAAAUGAGGCCCGAGGGGACAAAAGGAACCAAUGAACGCCGCAGGAAGGACAGGGAGGCUGGACGAGAGGCGGUGAAUCAGAGCUCUGGCCCCCAUGGACACAGAGAGAGGGCAGGGACAGAGUCUGCGAGCAGCACCCUCAACCGGAAGGGACACAAAGAUAAAGACAGAGAGACAAGGGAGGCUGAACAUAAGGAGAUCAGACACAAAGCCAUGACAGAGGAAACAAACAGGAGGGAAGCCAGGGGCUCCAGCAGUGCCUCACAGGAGCCCUCUUACAGUGGGAACCCAAGCAGCAAGAAAGCACCCAUAACCCCUGGCCCAUGGAAAGUGCCCAGCUCAGCCAAGAUCCAUUCUCAAGCAGAGGGAAACUAAUCCAUUUUGGGAUAUGUAUUCAGGGGGAACAUGGAGUGACAGUUCAUCGGAAUCUUUACAACUAACAGUUACCAUAGUCGAAUAAAUCUAUACUUUGAAUCACUGUGUAUUUAAUACAUUACUUUCUCUGACAGCAUAGCAUAUGUUCACUGACUUUGGCUUUGGUCUACACGCAUAGUGAAGCACAGUGUUCCAUUCAGAGGCUGUGUUCAUUUGUCUGUGUUGGUCUGACAGUGAGAGGUGAUAAAUAAACUCUGUGCCAAUUAGGGACUCUCAGAUGGAAAGACUUCCAUUUCCUCCAUGUUUCUGUGAAACCCUUGGUAUGUGAUGAAAGGGAGUGCUUACUAACGAUGGACAAAUGAAGGAUGCUUUUUUUUGUCUUCUACGAAGGUAGGGAAGAAAAACAAGAAAGAAAAAAGAUAAACAUGUGGAUUGAUUUGUCCAGACUUGUUUUUCCUAGUUUGAUUCACUGCUUGCCUUUGCAAGGUCAACCUAAUUUGCAACGGUGUUCUUGAAUUCUUCUUAUUUCAUCUUUAUCUGAAGAUCCAGUCCAGAAGGAUGGACAGUGUGUACACAUUGUGUGUAGACAACUCCUUACAGUUAUUAUCAGCUUUGCAGUGUAUUUGAAAUCAUUUACAAAGCUUGAUAUAUGUUCACUUAAAAACAAAACAAAAAAAGACCAGACACUUGUGGUUAUGUUUACUGUUUACUACUUGUGUGUUUCUGAAGAAGCAAAUGUAAUUUAUUGAGUUAACUAUGACAACAGAUAUAUAAAUAUUUGUAUCCAUUCUGAGCCAAAUCAUAUAUUUUGUAACGCUCCUACUGCAGAGACCAGCACCAUGGUUGUUUAUUGUUGGUGAUUAAUUAGGUUUCCUAUUGAACUGUGUACACUGCAAGCUUAAAGAUAUAUGUUUUUCACAAACUGCUGUAGCUUUUACAAUGUUUUACGUGUGGUGUUUAGCAAAGUAUGUUCACUUUUGGUUGAGUCUGGGAUCAAGUGAUUGGUUGCGUCAUUCAGACGUUGUUUAAUUGUAUUUGGAAGUAAUUGUUCCUUUUUUCGGAUCUAUAUAUUCUUGACAUAUUUUUUCUCUUUUUUGUUAUGUUUUGCACUUACAUCAUAUAUGAGUUUUUUGUGUGUUUGAGAUUAAAAAAAAAAGAACAGCAAUUUAAAAUCCAGUACACGAUAAUACUUAUGAAGUUAAACCAUGAUGCCUGGUUAUGAGAACCCAAAACUCCAGAGCCCAAAACUCCAGGAAUACUAGUUCUGUAGUACAGGUUUAUGUGCUGCAGAUGGGUUUUUUGGGAAUGGUUCAGUCAGUUGUAAUCUGCUCUGCUGAAUCUAGCACCAGUCACAGCAAUAUAUAAGGGCACAUAUUUUCCAAAUCUCUGUGAAUCUUAUUUUUUACUUAUCUCCAUUCAGUCACUAACAAUCUGCAUAUCAAAUACCUAAACCAAAUAUCAUGUACUGUACGAAAGUAAACAUCAUCUUUUUUGUGGGUUGUUUGGUUUCUUAAUGUGUCAUUACUGGUUUAAGUCAUAACAUGACCGUAGUGAUUGGAAUAUGAAUGGUUAAGUGGAUCCAGUAGCUUGCACCCUGAAGCGUUAAAGGUUUUUUUCCCCCCUUUUUUUCCCCAAGAAAAAUGUCUGCAUAUUUGAAGAUUUUGUCCUGUUUGAAGCAGUUAAGCUAAGACUAAUAGUAUUUUCUGUUUUGUUUAUUUGUUUGUUUUUUCACCCUUCGCACCUCUGCUCAUUUGUGUGUGACUAUACAAUACUGUGGCCUUGCAUUGCUUUAUCUAAAAGAAAAUAGCCUGUCGAUCUCUAGGCCUAUAUUAUGUGGUAGAUGUAAAUGUUUAUAAAAUGUACAGCACCUGUAUAAAUACUUGCCUUCAU